GCUGAUGCAAACUAAAACAAAUCAUUGUUUAAGUAGUCGUUGAUUGCUUCCAAGUUCCAACACUUAAAAAGUCUUUUAUCUUAUAGCUUUUUUCUUUUGAAUGUUUUAUAAAAUGUAUGAGGGAAGAAAUCAGAAUUAAAAAUGUUAAGAGCCAUUUCUAGUUGGAAUAUAUAAAUUAUCAUUGAUAUUGAAUGAUUAUGUUAGUGGACAUAUAGUUGCAAUAUUUUUUUAUUUUUUGAGUUAAUACCCAUUCUAAUUCUAAUAGUUGAAAAUUGAUUGUAAAAGGCAUUGACUUAGUAAAAUGCAUUAGUUAUAGCAUACCAUAUCUUAAACGCGUCUGCUCUAAAAUUUUCAGUUUAUUUAGUUUUUUUAUUUUUUCUUGAAAAGGUUGCUCUGUUUCUUUCCUUGUUAAAAGAUUAUACACUAUGCAUGGUUUCUCUUUAACAAUUCAAUUCAAUAUUUGAAAAGUCUUUUGAUUCUUGUUUUAAUUCAAUAUCAAUUCAAUACACUUUGAGUCUUGAUUCAAUUCAAUAUCAGAACAAGUGUUUUGUGUAAUGGAAGAACAACAUAAAGUGUUUCCUCUUCUUCUGCUGCUUCUUUUCCAAGUUUUGCAUGUUGCAUCACAGACAGACCGUGGAGAUUUUACUGCUCUUUCUUCUCUCACACAAUCCUGGAACAACAGACCAUCAAAUUGGGUGGGGUCUGAUCCUUGUGGCAGUAAUUGGGCUGGAAUUGGUUGUGACAAUUCAAGAAUUACCGAAUUGAAACUACUUGGCUUGAGUUUGGAGGGUCAGCUAUCUUCAGCAAUCCAAUCCUUAUCUGAACUUGAAACAUUGGAUCUUUCAUCCAACACGGGCAUGACAGGAACAAUUCCACGUGAAAUUGGGAAUUUGAAAAACCUCAAUUCCCUGGCAUUGGUUGGUUGUGGUUUCUCUGGCCCUAUUCCAGAUUCAAUAGGAUCAUUAAAGAAGCUGACCUUUUUAGCACUGAAUUCGAAUAAUUUCACUGGAAAUAUUCCGCACUCUCUUGGCAAUCUAUCCAACCUUGAUUGGUUAGAUCUUGAUCAAAACCAGCUGGAAGGGCCUAUUCCUGUCUCUAAUGAUCAAGGGCAACCAGGUCUUGACAUGCUCCUGAAGGCCCAGCACUUUCAUUUUGGGAACAAUAAACUCUCAGGUCCAAUACCACAGAAACUUUUUAACUCCAGCAUGAAACUAAAACAUGUGCUUUUCGACCACAAUCAACUAACAGGCAGUAUUCCUAGCACCCUAAGUAGCCUUGGGAGCACAGUGGAAGUUGUGCGCUUUGACAAGAAUCAAUUAAGCGGGAGAGUGCCUUCCAGCUUGAACAAUCUCAAAAAACUUACCGAGAUAUCUUUAUCUCACAAUGAACUGAAUGGCUCUCUGCCGGAUUUUACUGGAAUGAAUAGUCUCAUUUCUGUGGAUCUGAGCGACAAUAACUUUGAUUCUUCUCUUGUUCCUUCAUGGGUUUUUAAUUCUAGUCUGCCAAAUCUGAACACAGUAAUACUGAAGGACAACAAGCUUAGUGGCACAUUAAAUCUCAGCAGUGGCUACCGAAGUAGUCUGCAACUCAUUGAUUUGCAGAAUAAUGGUAUUACCGACCUCGUGAUGGGAAACCAAAAGUUGAAUUUUGACUUGAGACUGGGUCAAAACAGAAUUUGUCUUGAAAAUGGAGUUUCUGAAGAGAGUUAUUGCAAAGUCCCACAAACCAUUCCCCCAUAUUCAACACCAUCAAAUGGUUGCUCACCUCCUUCAUGCAGUAACGAUCAGAUCGCCAGCCCAAACUGUAAAUGUGCAUUUCCCUAUAGUGGAAAUCUAACAUCCAGAGCUUCUAGUUUCUCAAAUUUUAGUGACACAAGUUACUACAAGGAAAUUGAACAGACUAUGAUGGAUUUUUAUCGGAAACAAAACAUUCCAGUAGAUUCAGUUUCUCUUAGUAAUCCUUUCAAGGAUUCAUCCACCGAUAAUUUUCAGUUGACUCUUAAUAUCUUCCCAUCUCAAACCGAUCGUUUCAAUGCAACCGGGGUUUCAACUGCUGCUUUUGCGCUUAGCAACCAACUUUACAAGCCUCCAGAAUUUUUCACACCCUACGCCUUCAUUGGUGUUAACUAUAAACAUUUAGGAGGAGAAUCUAAAGGAUCAAAGUCAUCACAUACUGGGGUUAUAGUUGGUGCAGUAGUUGCUGUAUUGGUCCUUCUUGUACUGGCGAUCCUUAUAGGGAUAUACGCCAUUCGCCAAAAAAGAGCAAGGUCUUCCGAGUCAAACCCUUUUGUAAACUGGGAACAGAACAAUAAUAGUGGAGCUGCUCCGCAGUUGAAAGGAGCACGAUGGUUUUCGUUUGAUGAGAUGAGGAAAUACACCAACAAUUUUGCAGAAGCCAACACUAUUGGAUCAGGCGGCUAUGGACAGGUUUACCAAGGUGCUCUUCCCACUGGGGAAUUGGUUGCAAUCAAAAGAGCCGGAAAAGAAUCUAUGCAGGGCGCUGUUGAGUUUAAAACUGAGAUUGAACUUCUAUCAAGGGUCCAUCAUAAGAAUCUUGUUAGUCUUGUUGGCUUCUGUUACGAGAAAGGUGAACAAAUGCUGGUCUAUGAGUACGUUCCAAAUGGCACUUUAUUGGAUAGUCUUUCAGGAAAAUCUGGGAUAUGGAUGGAUUGGAUAAGGAGGCUCAAAGUUACAUUGGGUGCCGCCAGGGGUCUGACCUAUCUACAUGAACUUGCUGACCCACCAAUCAUACACAGAGACAUAAAAUCAAGCAAUAUCCUACUUGAUAAUCACCUCAUUGCAAAAGUUGCUGAUUUUGGUCUCUCCAAACUUCUUGUUGAUAGUGAAAGGGGCCAUGUUACUACUCAAGUCAAAGGAACAAUGGGAUACUUGGAUCCAGAAUAUUACAUGACCCAGCAAUUGACUGAAAAGAGUGAUGUAUAUAGCUUUGGAGUGCUAAUGCUGGAACUAGCAACAUCAAGAAAGCCAAUAGAGCAAGGAAAAUAUAUUGUAAGAGAGGUAAUGAGGGUAAUGGAUACAUCAAAGGAGUUAUACAAUCUUCAUUCCAUUCUAGAUCAAAGUCUACUCAAAGGGACAAGACCAAAAGGUUUAGAAAGGUAUGUUGAGUUGGCAUUGAGGUGUGUCAAAGAAUAUGCAGCUGAGAGGCCUUCAAUGGCCGAGGUUGCAAAAGAGAUUGAGAGUAUAAUCGAGCUUGUUGGAGUGAAUCCAAAUUCUGAAUCAGCUUCAACAACAGAAAAUUAUGAGGAAGCGGGUGCGGGGGAUGGUAAACAUCCUUAUGCUAAUGAGGAAGAAUUUGAAUAUAGUGGAAUCUUUCCAACAAUAAGGGUAGAACCUCAAUGAGUUUUGGCAUUUUUCUUGUGUUUCUUUUUUCUCUUCGGAUGAAUUCAUUGAGGUCUUGGUGUGUCAAUUUUGGAUUCAUUCAGUGUAAAAAAUGACGAGGUUUCAACCAAAAUAUUGAUUGGUUUUCAUAGCAUGGAAAGUGUAUUGUUAACAUUAACAAUGGCUUUGCCUGAAGGGAAGAAGGAAAAUGGAUUCCAGAUUGUAAUUUGUACUCUAGUCAUGAACAUAUUCUUGUGAAUUUUUUAAUUGUUUGUAAUAUAGUUGAAUUUGAAGAUUGAAUUUUCAAAAGACAGCAUGUCUGUUUAUUUUCUUUCUU